AUCCAAGGGGGUUAUGUCCAAAUUACGAUGGUUGGGAAGGGCUUUUAACAGGAAAUUACGUCCUUUUUUUUGCAGAAGUUGUCAUGUCCGACAACAAAAGUUCUUUGAAAAGAAUUCGCCACAUGGAGAGUAUCCCAUCCCAUCCAAAGCGUUAUUUAAAAAGGGCCAACCCGCUCCACACUUCCCUCCUCCAUCCAUCAACGAAGAUCAUCAACGGCUGCGCAGCCUGUAUUUGAGUAUUUUUAAACGCUGCAUCAUCCCAAUCAUUAUUCACCAUGUCUAGCAAGUCGUUUAUUGCCAUCAAUGUGGUGCUUGUCUGCAUCGCUUUGGGUGUUGCAGCCGCACCUGUUCCUGUAGACGUUGUUUCUCCUGCUCAUUUGCUCCUUAGGCGUCAAGACGUGCUGACGACGCCGCCUCCGCCUCCGACUCCUCCGGUUGUGCCCGUUCAAACCACGAACGGAAACGAUAAUAUUCCCGCCGAACAGGCUAAUGAGGUGAUCGUGGGUGACGCAACUCCUCCCUCUCUCGCUCCUCCCGGAUCCGCCGUCGUCAGCGCUGAAGUCACGGCCGGAAAUGACAAUAUUGCAUCGUUUUCUUUGGGAACUGGGAUUUAAUGCAGGAAACAAUAAUGAACCGUAGGCAGUGUGAAAUAGGACCAUUUGGAAUUUAUAUAUUGCGCAGUUUGUCAUUUCACUAGAGUAGACGUCGCGGAAGGCAUUUAUCCUCCUUUUGAAAUUGUGCACAGUUUUUUCUUCAUUUGUUUGUUGAGUGAAAUAUACCUUUGUAGAGUCAUGUCCGUUG